UCAAAACUUGCAGAAGGCUGCCCGGGUCUUUUCUCUCUGACCUUCACUCCAAUGGCUGUACUUCAAUUACACAUACCUCACAGUCAUCGGAGCGUAGCUUCACUCUCUCCGUUCACUACUUUCACUUCUAAAUUGAAACCCUUUUGCAUUUCCUUUGCGAAUCCUUCAUCUUCCUCCAUAACUCAUCAACGUUAUCCACUCUUCACCUCCAACGAUAGAGAUAGGCUUCUUUCUCUCUCAACUACAAUCCCCAGAAAAUUGCUUUGCAAACCACCUCAAGGGAAAUUUGUCAGAGAAGACUAUCUUGUGAAAAAGCUGUCAGCCGAUGAAGUCCAAGAGUUGGUGAGGGGAGAAAGAAAUGUGCCUCUUAUUAUUGAUUUCUAUGCAACAUGGUGUGGACCUUGUAUUUUAAUGGCUCAAGAACUUGAAAUGCUUGCGGUGGAGUAUGAGAGCAAUGCAAUGAUUGUCAAGGUUGAUACAGACGAUGAGUAUGAAUUUGCACGUGACAUGCAGGUUCGAGGAUUGCCUACCCUGUUUUUCAUCAGUCCUGAUCCAAACAAAGAAGCAAUUCGAACCGAAGGACUUAUCCCUAUACAGAUGAUGCGAGAUAUCCUCGACAAGGAGAUGUGAAAAUAGUGAUUUUGCCAUGAGACAUUGUGAAUUCUGUUGUAAUGUUAGCUUCUGUAGGACACAUCUGAUGCAUGAAUCGAAUCGACCCUUUUCCUUUUUGUGGUCACAAAGAUGGCAAUUACAUGUGUUCAAAGCCAUCAUGUUUUUCUUCUGUCGGAUAAGAAAAAUAUUCAAUGGGAAUUCAUGUUGCCAAUUUUGACGACCUUUUGGGCACGGUCAGAUUUGAUUCA